UUCAUCACCUCGGAAUGAUUGUGGCUUUUGAGUGAACUUGAUCAUUAAUUAACAAUGCUGCCGUAGAGUUUGACGUGACCAUAAGGAAUAAUUGAUUUUUGUAUGUAACCAGUUCAUACUAAAUAGUUAGCCCCACAAUAAUAAUAGUUAUUACAUUUUGUGCCUAGUGAGACGUCAACCCAAAAUGUAUAGUAUAUUACAGAGCAAUAACAGAAAGGAAGAAACUAGGAACUAAAAAAAUGAAAAUAUAUUAAACUAAUGUUCUUUCUAACCUAACACAUGUUAGCAACGACAAAAGCGAAGCAAUUAGGAACUCAAAAUAUAUUGAAACAUCAGCGAAGUAACGAGGAUAGGAAAGUACAAACAGAACAACCACACUAACGUUCACGCAUAUACCACGUUCUUUUUCUUCUUUCUUCAUCUUAAUUUGUGGUUCAAAUUCUUGUAGUCGCUUCUUCGCUCAGAAUGGCCGUGUCUUCCUCCACCGUUUCCCUUCCCAGCUAUCCAGAUUCAGAUUAUGCUGAGAUUUUUGUGGUUCGUCAUGGUAAAACAGCAUGGAAUUCUGAGGGAAGAGUUCAGGGACAAGUGGAUAUUGAUUUAAGUGAAAGUGGAAGAAAACAAGCAGUUGCAGUUGCUAAUAGACUAUCCAGCGAACCAAAAAUCUCUGCUAUAUAUUCUUCUGAUCUGCAACGGGCUUAUGAAACAGCACAGAUAAUUGCAGUAAAAUGUGGAGGACUAGAGGUUGUGAAGGAUUUGGACCUACGGGAAAGACACAUGGGGGAUCUUCAAGGCCUUCGUUAUCGAGAAUUAUCAAAGACUAAUCCCAUAGCUUAUGAGGCUUUGGUGUCAAAGGAUGAUGAGCGAGAACUCCCUGGUGGUGGAGAAAGUUUUGUUCAACUGUUUGAACGCUGCAAAUCUGCAUUGCUGAGAAUUGGAAGAAAACAUAAAGGGGAACGAGUUGUGGUUGUGACUCAUGGUGCAUGCAUCGAAACACUGUACAAGUGGUCGAAUGCAAAAGGAAGCUAUGCAGGGAAAAUAGACAAUACAUCAGUCGCUGUUUUUGAGUUGUAUGGUGAGCAUAAUUGGACUUUAAAAAUGUGGGGUGAUGUUAGCCAUCUCACUCAAAUGGCUCACACAACUUCUGCUUAGGUUAUAACGAUUCAAAGCAACUCAUGCAGUUUUUGCUACAAAUGGUGUUGGGCAAUUCAUGUUUAGAAAACCAACUAUAAAUAACCUUUGUAUUUUCGGAGUAUGCAAAUGUAUGAUCACUGUUAAGGAUAAAGAUGACAAAUUUAUAUUGUUUUGGGAGAACAAUUCAUCAAUCAACAUGGAGUUGU